UGUGUCAGCGAAGGUAUAAUAUCUGCAUCAGAGAGGCCUCUGGUACAAACCACCACAGGACGAAGGCUUCUGGCUGGCCACCUCCCUCGGGCACCUGGGGCUUGAACCAGGCGCCACCCUAUGGAUGGGAGAUGACUGCGAACCGGGAUGGCCGAGACUGCUUCAUCAAUCACAUGACACAGGGCAUCCCAUUCGACGACCCUCGGUUGGAGAGCUGCCAAAUCCUCCCUCCAGCCCCUCGGAGGGUGGAGAUGAGGAGGGACCCUGUGCUAGGGUUUGGUUUCGUGGCCGGCAGUGAAAAGCCAGUAGUCGUUCGCUCCGUAACACCAGGUGGCCCCUCCGAAGGCAAGCUGAUCCCGGGAGAUCAGAUCGUAAUGAUUAACGAUGAGCCAGUCAGCGCUGCGCCAAGGGAGCGGGUCAUCGACCUGGUCAGAAGCUGCAAAGAAUCGAUACUCCUCACUGUUAUUCAGCCUUACCCUUCUCCCAAGUCAGCAUUUAUUAGUGCUGCAAAAAAGGCAAGAUUAAAGUCCAAUCCAGUCAAAGUGCGGUUCUCCGAGGAGGUCAUCAUCAAUGGCCAAGUGUCGGAAACUGUUAAGGAUAAUUCACUUCUUUUUAUGCCAAAUGUUUUGAAAGUGUAUCUGGAAAAUGGGCAGACCAAAUCAUUUCGCUUUGACUGCAACACCUCCAUAAAGGAUGUCAUCUUGACUCUUCAAGAGAAGCUUUCCAUCAAAGGCAUUGAACACUUCUCCCUCAUGCUGGAGCAGAGGACGGAAGGGGCCGGAACCAAGCUGCUCUUGCUUCAUGAACAGGAGACUCUAACUCAGGUGACACAGCGGCCCAGUUCCCAUAAGAUGAGGUGUCUUUUCCGAAUUAGCUUCGUCCCAAAGGAUCCAAUUGACCUUUUAAGGAGAGAUCCAGUUGCUUUCGAAUAUCUCUAUGUUCAGAGCUGUAACGACGUCGUGCAGGAGCGGUUUGGGCCUGAGCUGAAAUACGACAUAGCCCUGCGACUGGCGGCUCUGCAAAUGUACAUCGCAACCAUUACCACCAAGCAAACGCAGAAGAUCUCUCUCAAAUACAUCGAAAAAGAAUGGGGAUUAGAGACUUUUCUUCCCUCUGCUGUGCUGCAAAGCAUGAAAGAGAAGAACAUAAAGAAAGCACUUUCACACCUUGUCAAAGCAAAUCAAAACUUGGUACCACCGGGUAAAAAGCUCUCUGCACUGCAAGCCAAGGUCCACUAUCUCAAGUUCCUCAGUGACCUUCGACUGUAUGGGGGUCGUGUGUUCAAGGCAACAUUAGUGCAGGCGGAAAAGCGCUCGGAAGUGACCCUCCUGGUUGGGCCCCGAUACGGCAUAAGCCACGUCAUAAACACCAAAACCAAUCUGGUGGCUCUUUUAGCCGACUUCAGCCACGUCAACAGAAUCGAGAUGUUUACCGAGGAGGACAGCUUGGUGCGGGUGGAGCUGCACGUGCUGGAUGUGAAGCCCAUCACACUCCUGAUGGAAUCAUCAGAUGCCAUGAACCUGGCCUGCUUAACUGCUGGCUACUACCGGCUACUUGUGGAUUCCAGGAGGUCAAUAUUUAACAUGGCCAACAAGAAAAAUACAGGGACCCAGGAAACAGGAACUGAAAAUAAAGGAAAGCAUAACCUCCUUGGCCCCGAUUGGAACUGUAUACCCCAGAUGACGACCUUUAUUGGCGAAGGGGAGCAAGAAGCCCAAAUAACAUAUAUAGAUUCAAAACAGAAGACGGUCGAUAUUUCGGAUGGCACCUUGUGUCCCAAAGACCACCGGCACCUGUAUAUAGACAACACCUAUAAUCCAGACGAACUCAACCAGCCGCUGACCCAGCCGGGGGAUGCUCCAUGUGAGGCCGACUACAGGACUCUAGCUCAGCGGUCCCUGUUGACCCUCUCAGGACCAGAAACACUAAAGAAAGCCCAGGAGUCUCCGAGAGGAGCUAAAGUGUCCUUUAUUUUUGGAGAUCUCGCCUUGGAUGAUGGCAUGAAUCCCCCGACUCUCGGCUACGAUAGACUAUUGGAGGAGAGCCCAGAACUGCUGGAGAAGCAGAGGAAUCUCUACAUCGGCAGUGCCAAUGACAUGAAGGGCCUGGAUCUCGCUCCUGAUGCUGAGAGCAUCCAGUUUGUGGCAAAUUCCGUUUAUGCAAACAUAGGUGAUGUCAAAAACUUCGAGGCUGCCGAGGGGAUAGAGGAGCCCCUCCUGCACGACAUCUGUUACGCAGAAAACACCGACGAUGCAGAGGACGAGGAUGAGGUGAGCUGUGAGGAGGACCUCGUGGUGGGAGAGAUGAACCAGCCAGCCAUCCUCAACCUGUCUGGGUCAAGCGAUGACAUCAUUGACCUCACGUCCCUGCCCCCUCCAGAAGGGGAUGACAAUGAGGAUGACUUCCUGUUGCGUUCCUUGAACAUGGCCAUCGCCGCACCCCCACCUGGCUUUCGAGAUAGUUCAGAUGAGGAGGACUCCCAGAGCCAGGCAGCCUCCUUCCUCGAGGACAAGGAGCCAGGCAGAAAUCUGCAAAGUGACGAGAUCCCCGUGUCCCUCAUUGACGCUGUGCCCACCAGCGCUGAGGGCAAGUGUGAGAAGGGCCUGGAUAACACCGUGGUUUCCACGCUGGAAUCUCUAGAAGCUCUGUCCGUGUCAGAAGAACAGCAGACCAGUGACAAUUCAGGUGUAGCCAUCUUGCGGGCUUAUAGUCCCGAGUCUUCGUCAGACUCGGGCAAUGAGACUAACUCUUCUGAAAUGACUGAGAGCUCUGAACUGGCCACAGCACAGAAGCAGUCAGAAAGCCUCUCCCGCAUGUUCUUGGCCACUCACGAAGGCUACCACCCCCUUGCAGAGGAGCAGACCGAGUUCCCCACCUCCAAAACCCCUGCCGGGGGCUUGCCUCCCAAGUCCUCCCACGCCCUGGCCACCCGCCCAGUGACUGACCUCCCGCCCAAAGUUGUGCCUUCCAAGCAGAUCCUUCACCCAGACCCCAUGGAGAUGGAGCCUGAAACCAUGGAGACCAAGUCGGUCACUGACUAUUUUAGCAAACUGCACAUGGGGUCGGUGGUGUAUUCCUGCACCAGCAAAAGGAAAAGCAAGCUGGCCGAUGGGGAGGGGAAGGCAGCGCCUAGUGCAAACAUGCCAGGGAAAAAGCAGCAGGGGACCAAAACGGCCGAGGCAGAGGAGGAAGCCAAAGGUAAAUUUGGUACUGUGUCUUCAAGGGACAGUCAACACCUAAGCACUUUUAACCUGGAAAGAACUGCCUUUCGCAAGGACAGCCAAAGAUGGUACAUGGCCGCUGAGGGGGCGGUGGCCGAGCAAAGUGGAUUGGAAGCGGCAACGGGGAUAACGUUUCCGAGAGCUUCUGGUCUGGGGACAAGGGAGGCGGAAGAGAAGGAUGAAGGGGCUCCUGAUGGAGAAGCCAGUGAGGUUUCAGCACUUGGCCAACGGGACCACUUCUUAACUGACGUGACCUGUGUAUCUUCAGCCAAAGACUUAGAUAACCCCGAGGAUACUGACCCGUCCACCUGUGACCAUCCUUCCAAGCUUCCCGAGGCGGAAGAGAGCGUGGCCCGCCUCUGUGACUACCACUUGGCCAAGCGGAUGUCAUCGUUACAAGGCGAGUGCCAUUUUUCUCUACAGAGCUCUCAAGGCUCGUCAGUGGAGGCGGGCUGUGGUACCUGUGCCGCACCUGUGGAGUCCCCACUCUGCCCCGCUAUGGGGAAGCACCUGAUGCCCGAGACUUCGGGGAAAGGCAUGAGUUACGUUCCUUCUGAGGAGAGAGCCGCUGGGCUGCCCGCCCACGGAGCCACCUUUAAGGAAUUACACCCCCAGACGGAGGGGAUGUGUCCGCGGAUGACAGUGCCCGCCCUGCACACAGCUAUUAAUGCGGAACCCCUGUUUGGCACUUUGAGAGAUGGAUGUCAUCGACUCCCCAAGAUUAAGGAAACCACAGCUUUGACAGAGCCUGGGAAGGAGAGACGAGGAGGCAUGCCUUCAGCUUGGUCUCAACAUCCUGAAGCUGAUCCCAUCCUGCUACCAUCAAACAUUCACUCGGAAUCAAAGGUGCCAAUUCCAAAUCAAGACCCUAAUGAUUUCUCCCAAGCAAAUCUGGCAUACGGAGAGGCUGUGAACUGGCGGCCACUGGAUCUGAGAGGGGGGAGCCUCGGAACACCCCCCAGCCAGAGGGCUCUGAGGCGUAGCAGCAGUAUCCUCUUGGGAUCUGUAGGUUUGGAGACCUUCCAAGAGAGAACCAAGGGUGCGGUCAGCUUAAAGUGUCCAGGUGUCACGGAAGCACAGGAGGCCAGCUCGGAAAAGCGAGCAGAACUCCCCCUGGGGAAGAAGCUCACCAAAAGUUUUUCCCAAAGCUCGAUGUUCUUUAGCUCCGAGGGGAAAGUUCACAAAAGGUCCCCGGUGGCUCACAAAGACUCAAAGCUGUAUAGGACAUUACCCUUGCGCAAGCUGGAAGGCAGCAAUUGGAGAUGCCGGGGACCUUUCAGCUACUGCUUCCUGAACCGAGGGCAGGAUGAAGACGGCGAUGAGGAUGAAGAGGAGGGAGAGGCCACACGCCAGGUCUCUUGCCUCUUUCGACCACAGAUGACUCAAGCCAUGCCAGAACCAAUCAGCCCACCUCUGGCUGUUGGGAUUCGGAAGCAAGGAGGGGAGCUGACCAGAGGGUCAGUGCUGAAGGUCUGGGCAGACGACCUGACUGGCCCAGAGGAUGCGGACUUUAGCAACCUGGCCUUCGAUGCCCGGAUUGCAAGAAUCAAUGCCCUAAAAGAGAGCACGUAUGCAAUGCCUGAUGGGUUCCUUGCAGCCCAAAACGAUGCCAAUGAGUUGCUCUGCCUUGUCAGGGCAACAAAGGGGAAGAGAGAGGAGUCACGCCCUGAAGCAUAUGACCUUACGCUUUCUCAGUACAAGCAGCUGUUGUCCAUCGAGUCCAGACAGUUGGGAAGUGCCUGUAGGAAACUGGCGAUGGCCGAGAAAAGCCCAGAGGAGAUGCUCCUAGCUAUGACUUCCAGCUUUCAAGUGCUCUGUUGCCUAACGGAAGCUUGCAUGCGAUUAGUGAAGGUCGUGAACUCAGAAACACAGCGGCAGGAAAUCGUAGCAAAGAUCAAUGAAGUGGUCAUAAACUAUAUUUGUCUCCUGAAAGCUGCAGAGGCAGCCACUGGAAAGACCAGUGGGGAUCCUAAUGUUGGACUCUCGGCGCGACAUUCAACCACCAUGGCCGCCCUCGUAAGCACACUAAUGCGUUCUCUCAAGAUGCUUUUAAAUAAAUAAAGUAUGAAAGUCACAUCAUAACCUACCUUUGCAAAGCCAUACAUGAACGUUUAUUUACUUUAUGUGUACGAUGAACAGAUGUCUCCUUUCUUCUCUCUGUAUAUUUUGUUAUUUUAUAUAAAAUAGGAGAUAAAAGUCACACUGAUGAAAUGUUGAAAUGUACUAAUCAGACGUAUUCUGUUUAUAUUAUACAUAUAUAUACAUGAAAAAGAAAUAUCCAAGAAAGUGAUGACAUUUGGCUAUUUUUCAUAUAAUUGAAACUCCAGGUAUAUGAUGUGAAGUUUUAAAUUCUACCGUGUUAGAGCAAAACAAUGAAUCCUAUCCCCUUUCCCUCCCAAGCGGAUACUUGGAGACCAUAUCAUUCAUGCUUAGAAGUUAAAAGAGAAAGAGAGAGAGAAAGAAAUCACAAUGUAUAUAAAACAGUACUUAUGUUUUAAAAUUACAAUUUUUAAGCAUUGGAAAUAGCAAAGAAGACAUUUAAGAUCCAAGAAGCUAUUAUGAAUUAAUAGAGAAUAUAUAUAAUAAAUCAAUUUUUUGCUCAUAGUGUUUGGUUAUCUGAUGCUUUCUUCCAGGAAUCCUACAUCAAAUUUAAUUUUGGCUUAUGCCAUUUGGACUAGAAAUUGGGGUGCGGUGGAUUCUAUUGUGUCACUAGAAAUGCUCUUCAUGAUGUUUCUAUAAUUAAAAUACUUCCCAAAUAGAAGAAGAGAGGUAACGAUGGGCAGGUUCCUAGGCAAUACCUAGAGUUAGAGAUUAUCUAAUUACAUAAAAUGAAAGGAAUGAAUAACAUCAAAAUUAAAAAAAAGAGAGCUCUCCUUUGAUUUAAUGUCAAAAUAUAUAAACCAAAGACGUCAUCUUCCUCCCCACCCCAACUCAACCGUGAAACUUAGAAUCCCAUUAAGAGUGACAGAACAUUUAGUGAAGUAUUUGCAAAAUUACAAAAAGCCACAAUCAAGGAUCAUCGGAGUCAGUGCAGAUCCAGUCCUAUAAAGUGGACAGGACACCAGCCUAUGAGGCACGGCUCUCCGCAUAGAGCUUUGUGCAUCACCUCUACAGGGCCAAUGCUUCCAACCAAAUUCGGAAUCCCAGCCUAACAUUGGGACAGUUUCAAAUCCGGAAUGUUCCAGAAAAUCAGGGAGAGAUGGCUCCUCUAAUAUAGAAGCCAUGAUAAAGUAUUCAGUAGAAGUUCUCAUUUGGAAUGGUAGAUAGAAAUAGGAAAGCUGGGUGGAAAACAAACAAGUGGUAAAUUUGACCACUUCCGGUGAAACUGAUGGAACAUAAAGAAGUCUUCAGAACUGUCCUCUGUCUACAAAUGUAUCUUUGGGUCAAAGCAAAAGGAUGCAAGCCGCAAUUGUCAAAUAAAAUAGACAUGUACAUAUGUACUUCAUGGGUCAUUUAGUGCUUAAGCUCCGCCCACUCCUGUUUAUGUAGAUGGCUCCUUAAAAGAUGACGGGAGUAUGCCAGGUGCAAAUAUUUCAUUCUUGUAGCCUACUGGGCAGGAGGUGUAAGAGUCUGUAGUUGCUAUCUCUUCUCAUCAGUCGUUCCUUAGAGAUGCCAUCACAAAAGUCACACAUAUUUCUAGAUGGUAGCAAACAAAAGGAGUUUAGCUGUGUGUUAUUAUAAAUAAUGUUUAAAUAAUACAACAUUAUUUUCUUAUAAUUAUAAAUAUUGGUGUUUGAUAUUGAUAAAUAUUAAUGGUGUUUACUGUGGAAAUUUUUGGUAAAUAUUCUGUGCACUAAAAUGCUAACAUUAAUAGGAUGUGUGUUCUAUGUCAGACAAUGUGCUAAGCAUAUCACAUAUAUUUAACCAUCAGAACAAUCUUAUGGUUUGGACACUGUUGUUAAUUCCCUACGGAGGCAAUAUGGUUUAAUCGUUAAGGACAUGGGGCCUGGGGUCAGAAACUUCUUGAUUUACAUCUGGACUCUGCCAUUUUCUACCCCUUUCAUCUUGGGAAAGUUAAUGUUUUCUAAACCUCGAUUUCCUUAUAGUAAAACGAAAAUCUCUUUCCAUAGGAUUGUCAUGACUUUUAAGUACAAUCACGUGUGUGAAGGUUUUACUGCAUUACCUGGCAGAGUAAACACUUUAAUGUUAAGAUAAUUUCAUCAUAGUCAUUACGUCAAAUAUAUUGCCCAAGAUAACGUGUGGGAGAUGUUUGCUUUAUAUGCAUAUUGUCUCCUGCCUGUAUGUGCAGGAUGCAUUAUGUGCGUUGCAUGUGUCUAAAAGGAGCGUACAAGGAAGUGGUGAUCCUUGUUCAAAUCCUAUGCGGUUAGAACGGCUUUUAGUCCCUUCCAGUUCUUUGAGAGGCCUCAGUGAAGCAGCUCUGGGUCUUUCCAGAUCAUCUCCCAUUACCUAUGGGUGCUCCGGUACAUUUCUCUUACAAACAAACUCUUCAGUACUUCGAAAACCUCAAGCCCCCCCCCACCACCACCAAUUCACUACACAUGGGGCUCCUGAGUGGGGUCCAGGUCCACUAGAGUGUAGGAAGAACAUGUUAGAAUGAUCCUUGUGUUUAUUUUUAUCUAGCCUUUUUUAUGUUUGUGUAUGUUUUAUAAUGGCUUAAUAGUGUGGUGGUAUAUGUACAUCAUUUUAAAUAAAUAAAUCAAUUA